AUGGCGUCUCAGGGCUCGUCGAACCCAGGUAGGGGCGGCCAACAAGGCUCAUCACAGGGUAUUCCCAGCGGCACAGUCACCAAAAAUGCGGCCUUCUACUCCACCAUGUUGGAAAACCUGCUAGAAUUCAUUAGGCAAGCAGAACACCCAUCGUUCUCGCACGUCAUCGCAGUGAUCCGCUCCGGGGCCUCAGACGAGCAGAUCAGCCAACUCCUCGAGGAAAUCUUGCAGCGCAACACUCGCUCCGGCGGUGGUACGUAG